UUAAAUUCAAAUCCGACGCACGAAGCUGAUUGUGACCGUUAGAAGUCACAACGCAGUAGUUUACAUCACUCAUAAUACGCUAAGUUUUUAGUAUAAAAUUAUUGUUAUGAUUAAUAACGCGCGAUAAAAGUGAAUAAAUCCAGUGAUUCAAAUACAAGUUUGAGUGUUUAUUCCAGUGAUAAAUUCUCAUCAUUUAUAAAAGCUAUUUAAGGUAUGUAUUUGUAUACUAUUAAAGAGGUUCAAAAGUGCAAAGAAGCAUGGAUCUAGAAAAGGGAGAAAAAUUAUGCCAUGAGCAAUACAAGAAAAUAUUGAAGACCUGUGACAAGUUUUCAAGUAAAUCCAAGCACUUCUUUGAUCCAAAUGAAAAAGACAAAAAGAUGACAGUUCUUGAGAAAGAACUUAUAUGUGCAAAAUCGGAAUUGGCAAACAUUAAGAGAACAUUAGAAUUAGAACGGCAGGAAAGACAAGAUUCAGAAACACGUGCACUUAAAUUAAUAAGAGAAGAUAAACGCAAGAGAGAGAAUGCAGAAAAGACUAAAGUUGAGCAACUAAACAAGCAUAUUGAAUCACAAACUAAAAAGAUUACAGAACUGUGUGCAACUAAUUGUGAGUUAAGCUCACGUUUGCAAAGAACAGAAUGUGAAUUGCAAACUGCAAAUGCAGAAUUAGAGAAAUUACGUAUAUUUCAAACACAAUAUAAGGAAUCCUUGGCAAAAACACGUGAGUUAAAUAGACAAAGUAUUCAUGGUGUUGAAGUUAAGCUAGAAGAAAUAGCUGCUCGUGCUCAUAAUCAGUUGGCUGAUUUAAGAGCAAAAUUAGAUUUUGAAACAGCAAAGAAUAAAGAUCUUGAGAGUAAAUUACGAGAUGAGCAAGAUUUAAAUCAUUGUCGAGAGUCACGAUUGAAUGUUGCUCUAGAGCUUGCUCAGACUGAAUUAAAAGACUGUCAGGAACAAUUACAUACUUUACAAGCUACAUUACCAGCGAGAGAUGCUGAGAUAGAAGCUUUACGCAAGCAACUUCAAGACAGAACAAAACAGAUAGAUGAUUUAAGGACAUCAGAACAGAUGCUCACAAAUCUGCAAGAACAAUUAGAAAGAAUAAAUCUUGAAAACGAACAGUUAAAACAGCAAUUGCAGGUGACAAAAUUAGAAUUAAAUGAGACUAUAGUAGAUUUGGAGCAAAGAGAAACACUUGCUGAAAAUCUAGAACAAGUAACACAAGAUAAGGCUGUAUUGCAAAAAAGAUUACAAGAUUCUUUAAAGAAAGAAGAAGAACAGUUACGCAAAGUUUGCAAUUUGGAAGAACUAUUAAAACGAUUAGAAUAUAGAAUUACAAAACUGGAGGCAGAGAAGGCUAGUCUUCUGAAGAAAGAAUUAGAUGAAGGACAAGGAUCAACUCAUACAGUUUUUGAAGAAACAAAUACAGACAUACAUUGGCCAGAAAAAGUAGAAAAACUAAAUCAGCAAGUUGAAGCUUUACAGGAAGAAUUAACAGUUGAAAAACAAAUAGCAAAGCAGGCUCGAUUAAAUCUAUGGAAGAAAGAAAAAGAGUUAUCAGAUGCUAAUUUGGAUAAACGUAUAGCUAUAAGAGAGACUAAGAGAGUUGAAGAUAGGAUCAAAAUGCUGCAAGAAGAAAAACAAAAAUUACAAGAAAAAUUAAGCAACAAAACAAAAGAAGAAGAAGAAAAUUCUAAAAAGCUGUUGAAAGAAUUGGAUAUCGCGAAAAUAUCAUUGAACAAUAUUACAAAAGAGGCAUCUAGAAAUAAAAUGCAAGCAGAUUCAGCACAAAAGGCGUUGAUCCAGGCUAAUAAGCAGAUUGAAGAACUUCAAUCUUCAAGUGCGUCAUUACGUAGGGAACUGGAUGCAGUUCGUAAGCAAAUACGAUCAAAUCAAGAACGCGUCGAUAGUUUGAGUGCUGAGAAUAGAUGUUUAACACAAAAAAUUGCUAAAUAUUGCGAAGAAAAGACUGAACUUGAGUCAAAAAUCGCAAAAUUAGAACAGGAUAUUAAAGGUCACGAAUUAAAUACUGCGCUUUUAAAAGAGACUUGUACAGUAUUGGAGGAACAGUUGACAGAUUACGAGAGAUUAACAAGUGAUCACGAAACGCGUGAAAAUAUAUUAAUACAAGAUAAAAUGAAGCUGCAAAAAGAUUUAGAAGCAGCUGAAAUAAAAGUGCGUGAGGCUCGUAUAGCGCAAGACGAAGAGAAAAUGCGGCGGAUAGUUGCUGAGCGUAACAUCGAGCAACUAGAAUCGGAAACAAGCGAUAUAGAAACUGAAAGAAAUAGCCUUAUCGUUCAAAGAAAUCAAUACAAGAAACUCAUUCAAGAGCUCAGCAUGCAAGUAGAAGAGCUGACUACGAAGUGUGACGAGUUGGAAUUCGAGUUCUCGGAAAUGAGUUGUGCUUUAGAAUCUGCUAAAAAAGAAUCGAUACUCGUGAAAGAAGAAAGCAGCGAAUAUUUGACGAGAAUACACGACUUGAAAGAAGCAAAUUUCAAGCUUAUAUCGGAUUUGCAAAUUAGCAUAGAUCAAGGCCAAGAAUUGAGAUUAAGAAUAACAGAAUUAGAGAACAUUGUCGAUGAAAUGAGACAUUUCUAUCAGGAGAGAGAAGUGAAAGCCGAAGGUACUCGGCAACAGCAGACUAAAUUGAUCGAUUACUUACAAUUAAAAUUAGAAGAAUGUAGUAAGAAGAAGAAAACUGUAUGCGACAAAAUCCUUGGUACGAAACAAAAAGAGAAUAUACCGCCUGUAGGUGCAGCCAUGCCUGUAGGAUAUCGCGAAUUAGAAAAUCAACUUGCUAAAGAACGCGCGAAAGUAAAAACAUUAACAGAUCAGUUAUUAAUCGAGAAAGCGAAGAUUAUCUCCGCGUCCGCACCUACAUCUCCCACAUUAGAACGCGAAAGCAAGAAAAUGAAAGAUAUGACGGAGAUCAGCAAUUCAUUAAUUAGGCAAUUGUCUCCACAAAAAAUAGGACACAACAUUCCACAUAAAUUCAACGUCGAAUUGCCUAUGCGUGCUGGAAAAUGUGCGGCGUGUCUAGAAGUCGUACAAUUUGGAAAACGCGCCGCAAUUUGUAGCGAGUGUCAAAUUAUAACACAUUUAGAAUGCGCGAUGUCUGUACCUGCAAAUUGUGGUCUACCAAGUAAUUACUCCAACUUUUACUAUCACAAAGCAUGUAGAGACAGCAACGAAAGCUUAUCGUCAAUUGGAGAUAGUGUUCAAACAUUGGCGAUAGAUCAGCCAGAUAAUCCGAAUCAGCCAGAUAAUACGAAUCACCAAAGUAGUUCUUGUAAUGAAAACAAAGUUUCUAUGGAGGGAUGGGUAAAAGUUCCCGGUAAGUCAAAAUCAUGUUGGGAAAGAAAAUAUCUGAAAUUAGAAGGAACUUGUUUGUCUAUCUAUGAGCAUCAGCCGUCUCCAGAGAUGACACCACUUACUCGUUUGCAUUUAAUUGAGAACAAUGGGUGCAAUAUUUCUGACACGGUGCAACAUACUGAUGUGUUGGGAACAACAAAAUCUGAUUUACCGUUCAUCUUUAGAAUAAAAUCGAACUCCAUAAAUAUUUGCCAGCCUUCAUCCAGUUUGGAUGUCAUGGCUCUGAGUCAGAUCGAUAAAAAGAACUGGCUUAAGGCUUUAGAUGCUGUUACUUAUCAAAGUUUAUAUUCUAUGCCAAAAAAGUAUCAAAUUGUACUUAGAUUAGAAAAGCAUCAGUUGGAUUUAAACUGUGUUGUGAAUCUGGACACGGAAGAUGUGCUUUUGUUAGGUGCAAAAGAAGGUCUCUUUUCGUAUUGUCCUUCUAAAUCUCAAACGCUCACUACAAUACGUGGUGUUAAACAAAUAUAUCAGCUUUCACUACAUUCUCACUUAGAUCUAGCUUUAAUGAUAGCUGGUGAAUACAGAGAAUUAGUGUACUGUAACUUAAAGCUACUUAAAAAUAAUGCUUUAGCUGCUGACUGUUCUAAACCAGCAAUCAGUACAAAAAGCGUGUUAUCUGCUCCUGAUAGUUGCCAUCUUUAUCAAUUAGAAGGCGAAAUAUUGUGUGUUGCCACUGCAUCUCAUGUAAUGUUACUUAAAUGGAAAAUUGGAGAAGAUUUCGAAGAAAAUUUUGUCAGGCUUCACCAAUUUAAAACUGAAGAACCUUGCAGUUGUGCCAUAUUUACAUCCAAUUUCCUCAUUAUAGGAUGUCAAAAGUUUUUCCAAAUCGAUUUAAAAACUUAUAAUAUAGUUGAAUUUUCUGAUGACGAAGCUAAAGUUGGUAUAUUUCCUAUUUGCAUUUUAAAUAUCUCGAACACACGUGAUACGACUGAACUUUUACUGUGUUAUAAUGAAUUUGGUGUAUUUGUAAACGAAAAUGGCAGAAAAACUCGUGCUAUUAAGCCAGUAUGGAAUCAUUUACCUUUUGCUUUUGCAUUCUGCAAGCCAUAUUUGUUUAUUAUUCAUUUUUCAUCUGUCGAGAUUGUAAAACUUGAUGCAGACACGUAUAAUUCGUCAGAUAAAAAUCCUAUACGUAUUUUAAUCGAACUGUUUAGUCCACGUUACCUUGGUACAAGUAGCUCAAAAGGAAUUUAUGUGGCGACUACAAAUUCUUAUCUUGAAUUACUAAAAAUAGAUGGUUCUUCUAACAUGUCAGGAUUGUAUGGCAGUUUAUCAAGUCUGGACACAUUAGGUCAAACAGAUGAAAGUAGUUCAGAAUUUAGUUUCACAUCAAGCUUAAUGGAAGCUUUAGAUGGAGCAGGAAAGAAAGUACACUUUGCCGGAGUGCAUAAAUAUUGAAACUAUAUAUAAUAUUUAAGUUAAUUUUUGAAAUAUUUCUUAGCCUUUUAGAAGCUAAAGUUAUAAAAGUAACAUAUGUAUAAAAAUGUUUAUAUAAAUGUAAUUAUGAAGACCAUAUUUAACUUUUAUUGUGUCAAAUAAAAAAUUUAAAUUAACUACUAUUUAAAGGCUACUUGUCGUAUAUUGGUUUUUAUGGUAAAUAUAUAGAAUAGGGGAGCCCCCUCCGAUCGGCUACUCG